CGGAAUGCUAAUUGGAUAAUUAAUUUAAUUAAUUUUGUAGAAGAUCUGGAGACAACAAUCAAAAAGAUCACCGCUAGCUUUUUCGCCAGCGACUCUCCAGCGGUUGUCUUUUUAAAUGAAUACGUCAAAGGCACAAGAAUGCCUCCACUUACAACAGAAGUCAUAACUGGAUUACCAAGAGUCUGGAGAAGAGGAAAAACAACAGCGCCUGAUUCACGCCCGAAUUUCUUAUUCCUGGAUCUCCCAACUCCUUCCACUGAGAAUAUACCCGAACGAUUCAAAUCAAACGUCAUACUUCAGGAGUUGGAAAGGACUGAAUCACAAGAUGUACCAGUCUUUGGGGUGUCUGGGUGUGGCAAGACUCGAUCAGUAGUAGAGAUGCUCUGUCUACAGUGGGGUUUCUAUUUUAACGCAUCGGACAAGGACCUUGGCAGUGACGAUCUCUCCUACUUGGCAACCUCGAUCCUUGUGAAGACGCGCGAUGGACUAGGCCGAAAACACAAUACGGAUUUCGCAAGAAACAUGACGCUCUUGCUCUUUCUCUCCCGUCUGAUGAUCCUCAAUUAUUGCUUAUCGAUACCGGGUUGCGAAAGGACAUUUUCUAGUUCCAGAUGGGCUAUCCUUCAAGUAUGUCCAACCAUGUUCGAAGAUGUGUUCAUGUCGCUCUUCAAGAUCCUCUUCGGGAGACUGCAAGAGCAUACCAUUUCCGAGUUAUCUCUGACGGCUGUUGUCAGUGAAGAGCUCUUGUCAGUACGGAGUCACCUCGCUUCCCUUAGCUACCCUAAUUUUACAAAAAAGUCCAAGCUACGGCUUGUUGUAGACGAGGCACAGAUUCUAGGCGAUCAAGGCUAUAAUUUGUUCGAGUCAUCAUAUGUAGAAUCGGAGCUUAGACCGCUACUUUCACCUGUUCUACAUGGAUUCAGAAGACCAGGAGAUCGAGGAGAACUUACAAUCAUCUAUUGCGGCACAGGACUGAGCAUCAGAACUCUCCAUUGGGCACAGUCUUCAGGCGAUGGUGUGAAAGAAGAGGGGUCAAUGACAUUUCCUUAUUUGGAAUUCCCUGGGUGGACCAGUCAAACAUCAGUUCAGUCAUUUAUUGAUCGCGUAAAAGAUCAACUACCGAAUGACGAAUCGAAAAAUGCGGUGGAUGCCUUACUCCCAGAAGAAGCAGUCAGCGCGUUAUAUCAAAGGCUUGGAGGAAGAUUUAGACCCAUAUGCACGUAAGGCUCUGUAUUAUUUGUUUUAGACACCGCACCAAUUUGCAUCUCAUCUUUGUUUCUAACACAGAGCGUAAGGAACACUGUGAUGUGGAG